GGACAGACGAUAUAAAGGUCUUAACGAAUCAAAACCCUUACCGGACAACGUAGCGCGUGAACAUCUUAGAGGAUGUGAGCUUGAAUAUGGACAGGCAGUUGAAAUAAAUUCAGAAGUAUCACAUUUUGUGUUGGGUCUAGUCCCUUAUAAUAACUACACUAUUGAUGUCACAUCUGUCAACAGCAAGGGGAUGGGGACUAGGCAAAGUAAAAACAUCGAAACUUGCCAAGACAAGCCAAGUGGGUCUCCAGUAAAUCUUAUACUAUCACCCAUUAACUCGAUUUCUUUGAAUAUUUCUUGGGGAGAAACAGUUCUUCCUAAUGGAAUAAUCACUAACUAUUCUGUCAUGUACUGGGAAGAUUCUAAAACAAGAGCUGAUAGUGUUAAUGUGACCACCGCUGAAAAUAACAUAGUGAUUGGAAACCUGAGUGUCUAUACCGGAUAUGCAGCUGUUGUGAGAGCAUUUACAGAAAUAGGUGGAGGACCUUGGAGUGAUAAGUCAACUGGAAUCACCGGGGAGGAAGCUCCAAGCGAUGCUCCAUCUAACGUGAGUUUAAUUCAAGGAUCGCAUGGCAGAUCAUUAACAGUUACGUUUAAAAAACUAAAUAGACCAAAUGGCCAGAUAAUAACAUAUGAAAGUUAUAUACACAACUUGGACUCAAAUUCAAUUAAAUAUCAAAACAAUACUGCAUCUUCUAAAGAUGUAAUGUUUUCAAAUAGUUAUGAAACCACUAUUACCAUAACUGACUUGAAACCAUUUACAAACUAUAGUAUUAAGAUAAGAGCAUACACAAGCGUAGGGAGUGGUCCGUGGAGUGGACCUGUCAAACAGCGCACAAAUGAAGCAGCCCCCGGAAAAGUAUCCAACUUUAAAGUUGAAGUUUUACCCAACAACUUUACAACUGUUCGUCUGACAUGGGAUCCUCCAAUAACAACGGAGCGCAAUGGUAUACUGAAAGGAUACGUCAUAAGUGAAGCAAAGAACGCUUCGACUGUUGAACUGCCAGUUACAUCAAAAGAACAUAUAGUAACUGGAUUACAUGGUCACACCAAAUAUAGUUUUUCCAUAGCGGCCAUUACAGUAGCGGUUGGUGAAAUAGAUAAACGUGAUAUAAGAACUCCACAAGGACCUCCAACAGUUGUACGCAAUCUUCAAACUCCAAGGGAAGGAAUUACCGACAGGAGUAUCGUAGUAAUUUGGGAAGAACCUGAAAUUCCACAUGGAAUCAUCAGGCAAUAUAUCGUACGAUAUAGGAAUUCACAAUCGACAGGGGAUGAAAUCAGUGAAAAUGGAACUACAACUGCUACCACCUUAGAUAACCUAGCAAAGGGUACUACAUAUACUAUUAGUGUUGCGGCUGAAACUGUUUCAGAAGGACCAAGUGCAACGACCACAGCAUCUACUACAUCCCAGUCAACACAACCUGCUGCCCAAGUCGGUGCAAUAGUUGGAGGAUCAUUGGGUGGAGUCCUCUUUCUCGUUAUACUUGUUCUUAUCAUAGUUGUGUUGAUAUUUAGAAGGAAGCGUAGCAUGGUCAUAAAUAAGGAACCAGUCAAAGGCCUUUCUCUUACGGAAUAUGACGACAAGGAAAGGCUUACCGAUGAGAGUUUAAAACUGAAUGAUGUGUAUGGCAUUAAAAACAGUAAAAAAGGAAUUGUAAAUCCUAUUUAUGGAGUAAACGUCGACACUAACAAAGACAAUGAAAAGAUGAAAAGGCCCAUUAUAGUGGGAAACUUGAGUAAAUACCUUGAGGAACACAGGGGAGAUAACAAUGCGCUAUUCAAGAAAGAGUUUAAGGAAAUAGAGGCAAACAGUCCAUCGCAUCCUAUGAAAGAAGCUCUGAAGCCUGAAGUGAAACCAAAGAACAGAUACAAGAACAUCAAUCCAUUCGAUCAUUCACGAGUCAUUCUGUCACCAAGAGACGAUGGGUCAGCAGAUUACAUAAAUGCAAGCUAUUUACCAGGAUACACGUCUGAAAAGGAAUUUAUCGCAUCUCAGGGGCCGACUCCUCGAACGAAGGAUGACUUCUGGCACAUGGUUUGGGAUCACAAAACUAGUAUUGUAGUGAUGCUGACAAAGUGUAUGGAAAACGGACAGUACAAAUGCGAGCAGUAUUGGCCUGCCACCAAGGAUCCUGUCAGGUUUGGGGAUAUAUCAGUGUUUGUGGUGAAUGAGGAAGAACAUGGACAUUUUACAAUCAGAGACUUUGAAGUCAGCAAGAUUUGUUGCUAGAUUUUUGGCAGACUAUUAAUGCUCAUGCAUUUGG